AGUUUGAAAAUGUCACAUUUGAAAGGGGGGCAUCAUCUCUUUUUGCUUAGUUUACAAUUCUUUUACCGCUCUCCAUUCUCUUUCUUUCUCUGUUCACUGAAUUAAAUAAUUCAACAACUAGUCUCAUUCUCCCUUCAACUAAUCGAAUGGCGUUCCUGUUUUCGCAUUUCCAUUAGCGCUCUUCUCCCAAUUCUUCUUCGUAAUCAGUUUCAGAUGUUUGCAGGUUGUGCGACGAUAUAUCACCUGUGAAAAAAUUACAUCUGGAUUGAAAUCUGUUUGAAGCAAAAGUGGUCUUCUAGCUCAUAAGAUGGAAAAUUAUGAGAUUUUGGAGCAGAUUGGGAAAGGUUCCUUUGGCUCUGCACUACUUGUAAGGCAUAAACAAGAAAAGAAGAAAUAUGUUAUGAAAAAAAUCCGCUUAGCUCGCCAAACAGAGAGAACACGCAGAUCUGCCCACCAGGAGAUGGAGCUGAUCGCAAGAGUACGAAAUCGAUUUGUGGUGGAAUACAAAGAUUCCUGGGUGGAGAAGGGAUGCUACGUGUGCAUUAUUAUUGGGUAUUGUGAAGCUGGUGAUAUGGCAGAUGCUAUUAAGAGAGCUAAUGGUGUUCUUUUCCCUGAGGAGAAGCUUUGUAAGUGGCUAGUUCAACUGUUGAUGGCACUUGAUCACUUGCAUACAAACCAUAUAAUCCACCGUGAUGUCAAGUGUUCAAAUAUUUUUCUGACUAAAGAGCACGAUAUACGUCUAGGUGAUUUUGGUCUUGCUAAAAUACUGUCUACCGAUGAUCUUGCUUCCUCUGUUGUGGGCACUCCAACUUAUAUGUGUCCAGAGCUUCUCGCUGAUAUACCCUAUGGUUGCAAAUCAGACAUCUGGUCUUUGGGUUGCUGCUUGUAUGAAAUGACUUCUCACAAGCCGGCAUUCAAAGCAUUUGAUAUGCAAGGUCUAAUUAACAAAAUUAACAAAUGUAUUGUUGCUCCACUUCCCACCAUGUAUUCUGGUGCACUCCGUGGCCUUAUUAAGAGUAUGCUAAGGAAAAAUCCAGAACUCAGGCCAAGUGCUGCAGAUUUACUCCAACAUCCCCAUCUUCAGCCCUAUGUUUUAAAAAUCCUUCUGAAUUCUGACAGCCCGAAACAGCACAAGUUCCCAGUCCAAUCUUCUAAUUCAACACAUGCAAAGAAAAAAAGAUUGUCUGAGCCCAGAAAUGCUCCAGUCUUAAAUGAAAGGGAGCUGAGGCGAUUGUCCAGUGAUAGGGCUUUGAAUCCUAGUGUUUCUGGAAUUGACUCCCCAUGUUUAUCUCGGAGAGCAAAUGAUCUAAUGAGCUCUUUGAAGAAAAAUUUUUCAGAGCCGUCUGUUGAAAGUGCUCCUUAUGACCUUGGUGUAAAUAGUUCUGCUGUCUCAAAGUUGUCGGCUGCUGUCAAAACUGUGCAAUUCAAUCCAAAUAGAAAUCCCACACCUCACAGGAGACAGAGCACUCCUUUAAAGAUGUCCAAUGCUGGUUCUACCCGUGAACUGCUUCCAGUGACAAAUACACCAGUCAGCCAACCUUCCAAGUCAACACGUAGAACAUCUCUUCCUUUAUCAAGAAGAUCUGGGAAGUUGGAAUCACCUUACAAACACAAUGUUGGUCUUGUUCACCAAGUGGAGUCUCCCAAUGUUUCUGUGAAUGCUCCAAGAAUUGACAAGAUGGUUGAUCCCUUGGCUUCUUCUGAAGACCCUCUUUUACCCAUCCAGAGAACUUCACCGAAAUCUGUUCAGUUGUCUUCCCCAUCACCAUGCUAUAGUGACUGGUCGUUCACAAAAGACAAGUGUACAGUACAGGUUGUUGACAGAACCUUUCCCAAGCCACCUUUAAUUGACCCUAUUCAUGGAGUUGCACAGAUUGGAAGUGAGUGUUCGGAACAUAAUGCAACGACUGGUGCCUCAAGCCGUUCAUCAUCAGAUUCUCGUUCGCGGAAGUUUGACACAUCUUCUUACCAGCAACGUGCUGAAGCCUUAGAAGGAUUACUUGAGUUCAGUGCGCAACUAUUGCAGCAAGAGCGUCUAGAAGAGCUUAUGGUGUUACUGAAGCCAUUUGGGCCAGAAAAGGUUUCUCCAAGGGAAACUGCUAUAUGGCUGACCAAGAGUUUCAAAGAGAAGGGAAUGUAGCCUUCUAAAUUUUGAUCUUUCCUGCUUACAUGAACUAAUGAUUGCAUGGAUUUUCAAAAGAGAAAAAAAAAAAUCACAAUGCAUAAGGGAGAACUGUACAACAUGAAUAACCUGUUCAUGAGAAGCAGAAAGGGAAAUUGCUUUACAAUUGAUUGUCUGGGUUUUUGUUGAAAUGUGAUGGUAAAUGAAUAACCUGUUCAUGUGCA